AUGGCGUCCAUGUACGAUGAGAAUAUAUCUCGCAGAUGGACUGCAGAAAAUAAUAUAUGGCCGGAACCAUGUGUCUUGUUUUCUGAGUUACAAGAUCCACAAAGUCCUCACAGCAACACAAGUACAAAUAACUGUACCGAUCCGGCGUAUGAUACUACAAAGCAAUAUCCAGGUGCACAUGAUAGUGAUUCCCAUACCGUCGACCGUCAGAACUCUGCUACAGCCUCAAAAGAAGAGUCUCCCCUUUCUUCGCCAGAUUCCAAUUAUGACCAAGACACAUCGACUCCGAAAAGUCGCAAGAAUGCGCAGAGACGAAAAGAGCAGAACCGCCUUGCGCAAAGAGCAUUCCGAGAACGAAAAGAGAAUUAUAUACAAAGCCUACUCCACCAAAUCGACGAGAUGAAUCAACAACAUAUGCGUCUAAUAGAAAGUUACCAAGCCGCAAAGAACAAUGCUCUAUGUCUCCAGAUCCAGGUAGAGGAGCUACAACGAAGGCUCGAAGCGUGGAAUAACACCAAACUGCUUGUUCUAAAGGUUGGGGCUACGAAUAAUACCCAGGUUGCUCUGUGUUCGAUGCCGGCUUCUGAUGUGGUUCAGGAAACCAAUCUGAAGUCGGGCUCUAAUUCAUCAAGUCUAGUUUUACUUUGA